UGGGGCCGUUGCCGCAGUGACAGUGCUGGGGGAGUCCGAAGAUGGCGGCGUCGCGUCGCUCUCAGCAUCAUCACCACCAUCAUCAACAACAGCUCCAGCCCGCCCCAGGGGCUUCGGCGCCGCCGCCGCCACCUCCCCCACCUCUCAGUCCCGGCCUGGCUCCGGGGACCACCCCAGCCUCCCCCACAGCCGGUGGUCUGGCCCCCUUCGCCUCCCCGCGGCACGGCCUAGCACUGCCCGAGGGGGAUGGCAGUCGGGAUCCGCCCGACAGGCCCCGAUCCCCGGACCCGGUUGAGAGUACCAGCUGUUGCAAUACCACCAGCACAAUUUGUACCGUCGCCGCCGCUACCGUGGUCCCGGCGGCUUCUGCUUCAUCUGCCGUUGGGGUCGCUCCUAACCCAACCGGCGGUGGCAGUAACAAUUCACCGUCGUCCUCUUCUUCCCCGACUUCUUCCUCAUCUUCCUCUCCAUCUUCCCCUGGAUCGAGCUUGGCUGAGAGUCCCGACGCGGCCGGAGUUAGUACCACUGCAGCCUUGGGGCCUGGGGCAGCGGCACCUGGAACAGGGGUCCCAGCAGUGAGCGGGGCUCUACGGGAACUACUGGAGGCCUGUCGCAAUGGGGACGUGUCCCGGGUAAAGAGGCUGGUGGACGCGGCAAACGUAAAUGCAAAGGACAUGGCAGGCCGGAAGUCUUCUCCCCUGCACUUCGCUGCAGGUUUUGGAAGGAAGGAUGUUGUGGAACACUUACUACAGAUGGGUGCUAAUGUCCAUGCUCGUGAUGAUGGAGGUCUCAUUCCACUUCAUAAUGCCUGUUCUUUUGGCCAUGCUGAGGUUGUGAGUCUGUUGCUAUGCCAAGGAGAUGAUCCAAAUGCCAGGGAUAACUGGAACUAUACACCUCUGCAUGAAGCUGCUAUUAAAGGGAAAAUUGAUGUCUGUAUUGUGCUGCUGCAGCACGGAGCUGAUCCAAACAUUCGGAACACUGAUGGGAAAUCAGCCCUGGACCUGGCAGAUCCUUCAGCAAAAGCUGUCCUUACAGGUGAAUACAAGAAAGACGAACUCCUAGAAGCUGCUAGGAGUGGUAAUGAAGAAAAACUAAUGGCUUUACUGACUCCUCUAAAUGUGAAUUGCCAUGCAAGUGAUGGGCGGAAGUCCACUCCUUUACAUCUCGCAGCAGGCUACAACAGAGUUCGGAUAGUUCAACUUCUUCUUCAGCAUGGUGCUGAUGUUCAUGCAAAAGACAAAGGUGGACUUGUGCCUCUUCAUAAUGCAUGUUCAUAUGGACAUUAUGAAGUCACAGAACUACUACUAAAGCAUGGAGCUUGUGUUAAUGCAAUGGAUCUCUGGCAGUUUACUCCACUACAUGAGGCUGCUUCCAAGAAUCGUGUAGAAGUCUGUUCUUUGUUACUGAGCCAUGGUGCUGAUCCUACUUUAGUCAACUGUCAUGGAAAGAGUGCUGUGGAUAUGGCUCCAACUCCUGAGCUCCGGGAGAGACUGACUUAUGAAUUUAAAGGUCAUUCUUUACUACAAGCAGCCAGAGAAGCAGACCUAACCAAAGUUAAAAAAACACUUGCUUUGGAAAUCAUCAAUUUCAAACAGCCGCAGUCUCAUGAAACAGCACUGCACUGUGCUGUGGCCUCCUUGCAUCCCAAACGAAAACAAGUGACAGAACUGUUACUUAGAAAAGGAGCAAAUGUCAAUGAAAAAAAUAAAGAUUUCAUGACUCCCCUGCAUGUUGCAGCUGAAAGAGCUCAUAAUGAUGUUAUGGAAGUUCUGCAUAAGCAUGGAGCAAAGAUGAAUGCACUGGAUACCCUUGGUCAGACUGCUUUGCAUAGAGCUGCUCUAGCAGGUCACCUGCAGACCUGCCGCCUCCUGCUGAGUUAUGGCUCUGAUCCUUCCAUCAUCUCCUUACAAGGCUUUACAGCAGCACAAAUGGGAAAUGAAGCGGUGCAGCAGAUUCUGAGUGAGAGUACACCUAUACGCACUUCUGAUGUUGACUAUCGGCUCUUAGAGGCAUCAAAGGCUGGUGACUUGGAAACUGUGAAGCAACUUUGCAGCCCUCAAAAUGUGAAUUGCAGAGAUCUAGAAGGCCGUCAUUCUACACCCUUACACUUCGCGGCAGGCUAUAAUCGUGUGUCUGUUGUUGAGUACCUUCUACACCAUGGUGCGGAUGUCCAUGCCAAAGACAAAGGCGGCUUGGUGCCCCUUCAUAAUGCCUGUUCCUAUGGACACUAUGAGGUAGCUGAGCUUUUAGUGAGGCAUGGGGCUUCUGUCAAUGUGGCGGACUUAUGGAAAUUUACCCCUCUGCAUGAAGCAGCAGCUAAAGGAAAAUAUGAAAUCUGCAAGCUCCUUUUAAAACAUGGAGCCGAUCCAACUAAAAAGAACAGAGAUGGAAACACACCUCUAGAUUUGGUAAAAGAAGGAGACACAGAUAUUCAGGACUUACUGAGAGGGGAUGCUGCCUUGUUGGAUGCUGCCAAAAAGGGCUGCUUGGCAAGAGUGCAGAAACUUUGUACCCCAGAGAAUAUCAACUGUAGAGACACCCAGGGCAGAAAUUCAACUCCUCUGCACCUGGCAGCAGGCUACAAUAACCUGGAAGUAGCUGAAUAUCUUCUAGAGCAUGGAGCAGAUGUUAAUGCCCAGGACAAAGGCGGUUUAAUUCCUCUUCACAAUGCAGCAUCUUAUGGGCAUGUUGACAUAGCAGCCUUACUGAUAAAAUAUAACACGUGUGUAAAUGCAACAGAUAAGUGGGCAUUUACUCCUCUCCAUGAAGCAGCCCAGAAAGGAAGGACACAGUUAUGUGCCCUACUCCUAGCACAUGGCGCAGAUCCAACUAUGAAGAACCAAGAAGGCCAGACACCUUUAGAUCUGGCAACAGCUGAUGAUAUCAGAGCUUUGCUGAUAGAUGCCAUGCCCCCUGAGGCCUUACCUACCUGUUUUAAACCUCAGGCAACUGUAGUGAGUGCCUCUCUGAUCUCACCAGCAUCCACCCCCUCCUGCCUCUCUGCUGCUAGUAGCAUAGAUAACCUCACUGGCCCUUUAGCAGAGUUGGCAGUAGGAGGAGCCUCCAAUGCAGGGGAUGGUGCAGCUGGUACAGAAAGGAAAGAGGGAGAAGUUGCGGGUCUUGACAUGAAUAUCAGCCAGUUCCUAAAAAGCCUUGGCCUUGAACACCUUCGGGAUAUCUUUGAAACAGAACAGAUUACAUUAGAUGUGUUGGCUGAUAUGGGUCAUGAAGAAUUGAAAGAAAUAGGCAUCAAUGCAUAUGGACACCGCCACAAAUUAAUCAAAGGAGUAGAAAGACUUUUGGGUGGACAACAAGGAACCAAUCCUUAUUUGACUUUUCACUGUGUAAAUCAGGGAACUAUUUUGCUAGAUCUUGCUCCAGAAGAUAAAGAAUAUCAAUCAGUAGAAGAAGAGAUGCAGAGUACUAUUCGAGAACACAGAGAUGGUGGUAAUGCUGGUGGCAUUUUCAACAGAUAUAAUGUCAUUCGAAUUCAAAAGGUUGUCAACAAGAAGUUGAGGGAACGAUUCUGUCACAGACAAAAAGAAGUAUCUGAAGAGAAUCACAACCAUCACAAUGAGCGCAUGCUAUUUCAUGGUUCUCCUUUCAUUAAUGCCAUUAUUCAUAAAGGCUUUGAUGAGCGUCAUGCAUAUAUAGGAGGAAUGUUUGGAGCUGGGAUUUAUUUUGCUGAGAACUCCUCAAAAAGCAACCAGUAUGUUUAUGGGAUUGGAGGAGGAACAGGCUGCCCCACACACAAAGACAGGUCAUGUUAUAUAUGUCAUAGACAAAUGCUUUUCUGUAGAGUGACCCUUGGAAAAUCCUUUCUGCAAUUCAGCACCAUGAAGAUGGCUCAUGCCCCUCCAGGUCAUCACUCAGUUAUUGGUAGACCAAGUGUCAAUGGGCUGGCGUAUGCUGAGUAUGUCAUCUACAGAGGAGAACAGGCAUACCCAGAGUAUCUUAUCACAUACCAGAUCAUGAAGCCAGAAGCUCCUUCACAGACCUCAACAGCUGCAGAGCAGAAGACCUAGUGAAUGCCCACUGGUAAAGGCCAAAUCAAUUCACACCUGGGACUGGAUUACAGUGGAUUGUUUCCAACAAAAAAAAAAAAAAAAAAAAAAAAAAAAAAUCAAUAUUCUAUAAAUCCCUGACAGCCUAGAAAUAAGCUGUUUGUCUUUUAUAAAGCAUUGCUAUAGUGAUGAAUAUAGUAUGAGUAACUGAUACAUACUCAACUGCUACUGUUCCCUUUGAGGAAAUGUUUACAGGGGCGGCCUUUUAACAUAUCUCAGGCUCAUUUCCAUUGCAGUUAUCCAUUUCUAAAGCAAGGUCGCUUUGAUCUUUUGGAAAUGGAAAAAAGAGGAGACAUUACCAAUACUGUUUCAAAUUUUCACAGUUCACACACUACAUUUGCUUUGUUAGAUACGGCAUGUAUAUGUAGCAAAUAUGCACAUAUGACAGGCUCAUUUUUAAUUUUGUCCAAACACACAUCAUUGAUGCUGGGGUUUUUUUUUGUUUUGUUUGUUUUUUGGUUACUUCAAAAAUGAGCCAGAGUCUUCCUGAGGAUAUUUUGCACAAAGUCACACUGACUAAAAUCAUUAACAGUGCAGCCCAAGCUUCUGGCUGAGCAAAUUCUGUUUCCACAUAUUGUUGUUUGGUUUUAUAUCUGUACUUCUUGAUAACAUAAAUUGAGAUGAAAAGGAAAAUCAUCAAGUUUUAGUUUCCUUUUAUGAAUUGACCCAUCUUACAGGAUAGCUCCCAAGUUGAGAGACGUCAAAGCUGGGGACGACUACUUGCUCUUUCCAAUACAAACCUGCUACGGGGUUGUUCAGGACAGUGCUAGAAAUCCCAGCAGGGCACAGCCAGGGAAAAGUUUGAGGGGAUUUUGACUUCAGCUCCCAGGCGAAUUAACUAGGGAGGCUGGGAAGGAGGAACAGAAUGAAGAACAGCUGGACCAUGUGAUUCUCUAUCAUAGCCCAGAAGGACCAACAGGACUCCUCAGAGGAUGAAUAUUCCCUUCACUCAAUCUGUACCACCAGAAUUGUCGCCCCCAAAAUUAGCUGCCUUAUUUCCCAAAGUCAAUGGAAUUAUUAUACUUCAUUAGAGUCCCAAAAAUUACUUUAUUAUCUCUUUAGUUUAGAAAGAUCCUAUGUAGUAAAUAGAUGUACACAAAUGCAAGAACUUUUUUUUACUCCAGAUUUAUUUUGAGUGGCAUGCCUCAGAUAGUUUAUAAAGAUCCCUGCACUAAAUUUUUGAAUCAUUGCUUCAAACUUCUUAAUAUAUUUAGACAAGGAAAACAAAAAUUGAAACCAAAGCCUUUCAGUUAUAUUUUUAAAUGAAGAUGGUAGAGAAGUACCAUACUGUUUUCUUUGUGAAAGUACUGCUUGUUUUAAUCAACAGUUGCCAAGUGCACAUUGACACUUACAAAAAAUUUUCUCCUACAGUUCUCACACUUGCCCUGUUCACCUUAAUUUUCAAUAUGAUAUUGCGUGCAUUGUUUUAUUUACUUGACAUGCUGUACAUCUACUGAGCUCUGAAGCAAAAGAAGUAAAAACAUGGUGGGAAAAUAGGAAAAACAGUAUGACACAAACUUGCCAUUUCAAUUUAACGUCCUAAAAAUUAAUCUGGGUUUGAUGUUGUUGUUGUUAUUUUAAUGCAGGCUGAUUAAGCUGUGACCUCCUUUAAUCCCCAGAAGUGAAAUAAAAUGGUUACAUGCAAAAAUUCUAGAAACAGGUCUUGAAACACACAUUUUGCUUUUUUUUUUUU